AAUGGUUGAGCAAAGACUGGUGCCUACUACGAUUCAAAAUGGCUGACUGUGCUGUUGAAAGUGUCCUUGCAAAAGUUUCAGCGAUUUUGUCGCCCGUUGGUUUGGAAUCGCACCCUUUCAAGAUUGGCUGGUACAAUGAUCAACUGGAACACGAAGCAUUCAACCUACCCUACCCCUAUGACACUCUUGCUCUUGUCAUCAUAAGCACUCCACAGAUGUUCGACCGUGGAUUUAAACCAUUCAUCAAGGCAACAGCUUGCAUUGGAGAGAACGAUCCACUUGAUGAAUUCAUGGCCACUAUGUUUGCAAAAGUUAAGGCAGAAUUUGGUCCUGAGUGCGACAUUGAAGCCAUUCAUGAUUUUGAGAUGCUUCCUAACCGCAGACCCAAGGUUUUAGUCCAGACAGCUGCACAUGUGGCAGGUGGAGCCUAUUACUACCAACGCAAUAGUGUAACUAAAGAUCCUUGGGACACCAAGAAGAAGAUUUGUGGAGUUUCUGUUCAUGCUAAAUAUGGGGGCUGGUUUGCAAUGCGGGGUGUGAUCAUCUUCAAGAAUGUCUUGGUGCCUGACUUGCAACAAAAGGAACCCAAAGAUGUUGUGCAAGGAGAUGAGAAGCGUAUUGAACUUCUAGAGAAGUUCAACUUUCACUGGCAGGAUUGGAGUUUCAGGGAUAUUGUUCCCUCUGAAGUGAAGUAUUCUGAAGAGCAAAAGAAAUACUUUGCUACCUUACCAGCCAAUCGGAAAGAACUUUUAGAUUCAUACCGGAACACAACUGCUUUGGCAACAGAAUGAAAGUCAUGGUCUUAAACUUCUAAACAGUCAAAGAAAUAAUAAAAACCAAAUAAUUAGAAACUAGAAUCAAUUAAUAGCAGUUAAGGUGAGUUCUUGAUUUUUAUGGGAGCACACACAUUGCUCCAAGAUAUUCAUCCAUUUUUAGCAGUCUCCACAAGCAGAUGUAUGUAUGAUAUGAUAAUAAAUGCUAUAAAAAUUUUUUUACUGAGACAGAUGUAUUAAGAUAAGUUACAAAAUGUUUAAAAAACUCAGGCUGAUUAAUUUUUAAGGAGAACCACUUGACACUCUCAAAAGCCUGUAAACUCUUUCCUUUCUAACUUCAGUAUGCAUAUUCUCCAUACUGUUCUCUAUACAUUUCCUUAGGUGCUGACAAAGAGAAUUUGUUUAAUAAUCAAAAACUGCUUCUGCUGGUGAUCAAAUCCUCUGUUCUCAUGACCUUAAAGGUCUUUAUGUAUGAUUCAGGGAGGAUAUUGUAUGCAUGCCACUUAUAAGGGUUUGAGGGUUGACUGUCAUGGUUAGGACAAUGAAAAUAUAUUUUAGUAUUAAUAGUAAUGGGCAGUUUGGCCAGUAGCUACUUUCACUGCUAAUAAGUUAGAGUGUUUUAUUCAUUUGUUUCAAUUUUUAUCAGCAUGUUUUUGCACUGAUAAGUGUCCAAUUAGUUACAAUUGUCAAUGGAUUUGUUGAGCAAAGCUAGUAUUUUUUUAAAGAUAAAUGCUUAAGAAUAUAAUAGAUUAUCGAAUUUGUGUUUUAUUUCCCAAGAUGUAAUUAUUGGGUACAGUUGGAAAAAGAACCAACUAUAAUCAACCAUAAAAUUAGACGUCCAUACUAUACUUGAACUUUAAUUAACAGAAAUUGAAUAUCAAACUGUUGGCUCUAAUGAGGAGUUUACCUGUAACUGCUAUUAAUAGGAUAGAAUUAAAAAAAAAAGAACUUUGAUAUAGAAA